CCUCCCUCCUUUUCUCCCUUUCACAGAGCUCCUACCGCAAGGACGGCACCGGCAGAAAGUUUGACGGGUGGAUGAUAGGGCAGAGUGUCCUCUGUGAAAGAGAAAAUAAAGGAGAUGUGAUUAAACGUGUGUUUGAGAAAGAGAAAGAGGGAGCGAGAGAGAGAGAGAGCAAAUCAGUUGAAAGUACAAGACACUGAAAAGUUAGAGGGUGCUCGUAGUGUCAAGCAGUUUGUCUGUGUGGCUCCUUUCGUCAGUGCACGGCCGGGGGCUCCAGCUCUGCAGCACCACUCCCCUGUCAAAGCAGAGAUAUCUUCUCCCCAAGCACACACUGGGUCGUCCUGCUGCUGCCUCGCUGAUAGACUGGACUGCUGUCGGACAACAGAGGAAAGUCUCCCUGGACAGGCUGUUGACUUCACACAUACCUAUGUAGAAGAAAGUCAGGAUUCACCUGGGAGCAACUUACCAAUUCAGGACAGAUUGAGGACAAGAAGUCAAAAGGUUCCCACAAACUCGGGUGUACUUCAGUCCACAGAGGUGCACCCACACUCUAAGCAAAGUGAGCAUCUGCCGGAUACGUGUGUGCAAAGUGGAUGUGAUCCUCACCAGUCACAGUUGGCCAUUCGAAGGGUCAAGCCCAUGGAUCUGACUGUAACUCACAGGUUGCUACAUCCGCGUCCAGAUUCGGCCAUGCUGGCUCCACAGCCUUCAUUCUAUCUGGAACAUCUCACUGCUCAACAUUGCUCUCAGUUUUCCCAGCACCACUUGCAGUAUAACACUGAACAAAGACACAGAAAGAUGGAGGAGAAAAGAGAAGACCCACAGCAGCUGUUGCCAAAGAAUAAAAACGAACAGAGUGCUGUAGCUAGCAAACAUGUAAAGCAGAUUCUGCGGGAUCAUAUAAUCAUGAAAAACCAGCCUCCUCAUGAUAGGGUUCCUGGCAGCCACUGCAGUACCUCUCAGGGAUACAGGCCACCCGUGCCUGACAUGUCCCUCAAGCCUCAACCUACACCCUGUGACCAGCGAAAGGACCUCGCCCUGCGAAGAACAGUAUCCGAGCCCACACUGAAGUGGAAGUUGAAGAAACUCAUCUCCACAAGGCCCAACCCGCUGCAACGAAAGAUCAGUGCCCCUCCUGAUGUCAAACAUAGGACAGAAAAUAUGGACUCUUCCCCAAGCAGAAGCAGCACUUCAGCAUCAGGCUGCAGCUCACCAAGCAACAACCUCAUGUCAGACAAUGGAUCCCUUCCACGGGCUCCUGAGUCAAAGAGGGUCCUGAUGAACAAUGGUAAUGUAGCCCACUUUGCUCUGCCUGCCAACCACAUUGCAAAGCACAACAUCACUGCUGGACUUCCUGCUCAGGCUGACUUGCGUGUAACAAAGCCAGUGGCAGCGUCGCCUUUGCAGUCUCUCUACCUCCCUCUGGAGGUCCCCUCUAUAUCUCAACGCUUGCAGCCAGUGUUCAUAUUUGAACCACACAUGGGGCUGAUGCGCCAGCAGCUUGUUCCUCUUCAUAGUUUGAGUACCAUUCCUCAGCAACAGCAUCCUCACAUAUCCUCCUCAUCCAGAAGAGAAGGCUUAGUUGCCUUGGGCUCACAUCGACCUGUGGAGCGAGCGCAUUCAGAGCCUCUGCCUUACAGCCACUCAGUCCUGCCCCUGCAUGCCAGCCAUCAUCCACACACCCACCAACAGCUCUCCCAGCUGUACCACAAGGCUGGAUUGGAAAGAUUUAAGCUGAGCACACAGCUGAGCAAGAUCCCAUCUGAGGACAUGGACGUGGAUGAGAGCGGAUCAGCAUCAGGUUCUGGAACAGGGUCUUUGUGCGGCUCUGAACUGGGUUCACUGUCUGAAGACGGCCACCGCCGGAGAGAAAGUAAUGCCAGCACCGAUUCAGUUUAUGACACAGAGUCCAUCACUUCCUCUCGGGAGAGCUUGAUUGAGACAUCACACUCUCUCAGUCAGAGGCAGGUAAUCCUCAGAUCAACUUUACAGCCAGAUGCGCUGGGAGUUCCUACCUUAAUUUGGCCUCAUCAGUCUCAUCCGCCUGUGAUUCGGAGCCGUUCUCUACCACCUUCCACCUCCCUGGUGCCUACUUCACAUGUACCCACCAUAAUACCCUCUAUGUCACUAUCCAGCCCUGCCAAAGAUGCCAAGCUACGUUUUACAACAGGUUUGGUUUAUGAUACUCAGAUGCAGAAGCACCAAUGUAUCUGUGGAGACAACAGUCGCCAUGCUGAGCAUGCUGGGAGAAUCCAGAGCAUCUGGUCUAGACUGCAGGAGAGAGGGCUUAAGAGCCAAUGUGAGUGCAUCCUCAGUAGAAAAGCCACCCGUGCAGAGCUGCUUUCCGUCCAUUCAGAAAACCACGUGUUAAUGGACAAUCAGAGGCGCACGGGAUCACAUAUUUUUGUGGACCUACCAUGUGGAGGUGUGGGGGUGGACAUUGAUACGGUUUGGAAUGAGCAACACACAGCAGCUGCUUCCCAAGUAGCAGCAGGAUGUGUCAUAGACCUGGCCCUUAAGGUGGCACAGAGACAGCUGAAGAAUGGAUUUGCAGUGGUGAGACCUCCCGGACACCACGCAACUCGUUCUUCUCCUCUGGGCUUCUGUUACUUCAACUCUUUGGCCAUCGCAGCCAAGCAGCUCCAACACAAACUCAGUGUCAGCAAGAUCCUCAUAGUAGACUGGGAUGUUCACCAUGGCAAUGGCACCCAAGAGGCCUUCUAUGAUGACCCGAGUGUUCUGUAUAUCUCUCUGCAUCGCUAUGAUGAUGGGAACUUCUUUCCUGGUAGUGGACAUCCAAAUGAGGUGGGUGUAGGAGCGGGUAAAGGCUUCAAUGUCAAUGUGGGAUGGACUGGUGGUCUGGAGCCUCCAAUGGGUGAUGCAGAGUACCUGGCUGCAUUCAGGGCUGUAGUGAUGCCUAUUGCCCACGAGUUUUCCCCGGACGUGGUCUUGGUCUCUGCCGGCUUCGAUGCUGCUGAAGGACACCAACCUUCAAUGGGAGGAUACACCGUCACAGCCAAGCUUUUUGGCUUCUUGACUCGUCAGCUGAUGUCGCUGGCAGGAGGCCGGGUCAUCCUGGCUCUAGAGGGGGGCCAUGACCUCAAAUCCAUCUGUGAUGCCUCUGAAGCCUGUGUCAGCGCCUUGCUCGGCAUGGAGGUGGAGCCUCUGUCCCAGUCCCUGUUGGACCAAAAGCCCUGUGAGAAUGCGGUGCGCUCUCUGCAGAGAGUCGUCCAGAUCCAGGGUGAGUUCUGGCAAAGUGUGAGGGAUUCAGCCACGACUGUGGAUCUGUCCUACCUGCAGGCACAGAGACACAGAUUCAGGCGAGACUCGGACAGCGAGGCGGUCAAUGCCAUCGCCUCCCUGUCGAUGGGGUCCCUCACAUCGGAAAGGAAACCGCUUGAAAGAAUGUGAAGGGAAAAAAAAGACCCAUCUGAGGAAAGGGCAACCCAAUUAAAGCUUUCAACUCAGACUCAGUGGAAACACACACACACACACACGCACACACACACUUAUAUAUAUAUAUGCAUCUGGAUCAUCACUGGAACAUACAAACCUGCAUUACUACUGGCUGCAGCACGGCCACUGACUCAGACACCCCCUAAGGAACAGUCUUCAUCUCGUGCCACAUUCAUGUCCCCAAAAGAUUUCUCCUGCCUUUUCCUGAAAACAACAAUGAUCACUGAAGUAAGAAAGAAGAAAAAACUUCAAAUAUGUUUAAAGACUGAAUAAUGAAGACCUGGUGCAACAGGAUGUAGCAUGAGCAGAGAUGAGAAUUUGUUACUGAUUGUGCCAAAACCUGCACGGACCACUGAGAGGUUUUUUUGGUUUGUUUGUUUGUUUGUUGGUUUUUUUUAAGCAAAUGUUUUGUUGGUGGGUAGGAGGAUGGCAGGUGAAAGGUGAUUUUUUUUUCUGCACUUGACAAACAUCGAAUGAAGGAAAAGAUCCGUUUAUUCUGAUCGUCUUGCACUGUGAUCGUUCUGCGACUGGGCAGGAAGCACGUGAAGCGUGACGACAAUCAAACAUUUUCGUUUGUUCAAGUUUUUACUUCAUUUGAAUAUUAAUUUUUUUUGACAUAUGGCACACAUUUCUGUGGAUGUCAGCAUGAUAUUUUCUUAAAGAGAUCCAGAGUGAAGCUACAGUGGAAUCUGAGGUACAUAUGUUUCAUAUUGUUUUCUGUGUCCACAUAUUUUCUUAAAUCUCUUUUUUCUUUCUUUCUUUCUUUCUUGGCCUGUCAGCCAAGCACAUGCAGCAGGAGUUUAAAUAGCUGCAGUUAUUGUUAUCACCCUCUGACAGAUAAAAGAAGACACAUCAUUCUUUUAUAAAGUACAUCUUAAAUACGUAGAAAUACCAUCGUAUUGGUGAGAUUAGUCACAGUUUAGAGCUAAUACCUUAAGCAGCUGGGGUGUCGAUAUUAUGAAAGACAGAUAUGAAUUUGAACAAAGCUCCAGUUCAUUGUGAUCACUCUCUAAAGAUUGUAUACAGGCGAAACCAAAGACACCCUGUAUAAAAAGAGACGCAGACAUAUAUUCUCUCUAUCUGACAUUUAACUUUUCCUGUUUCAGGUUAGUUUAAUGUUCCCAAAGUUAUCUAUGUUUGUUCUUUGCCUGACUAAUGACUGAGGUCCAUUUUGACUGAGUCUUGUAUUUAUUUAUUUUCUUUUUUUUUAAUUCAGAAGUUUACAUACGCUAAGAUUGAAAUGCUUUGACAUAAUUUGGGAAAGCUGAGGUGAUGAAGUCAUAAGCUUCUGAUUGGUUAAGUCACAGUAUUUGAGUGAAAUGGAGGCAGGCCUGUGGAUGUAGUUGAAGACAACUCUUCAAACACACUGCUUCUUCGUGUGACUUCAUGGGAAAAUCAUCAGAUAAAGAACUGAGGGCAUCCCUGGUCUGGUUCAUUGUUCGGUACAAUGAGGAUGCUUAUCUGUUUAAUCAGUAAUAUAUGUGCGAGUUUGAACAACAUGGACUAUCCAGUCAUCAGACUGGUGUGAAAAGUGCGUAGGAAGAAGCAAUUUCUCCCAAAGUAAACAUACUCAAUAUCUUAAUUAUGUGGUCUGAUGAAGCCGGAGUUCAAGUGUUUGACCAUGGUGACCAUUUAGAGUUAACAAGAAAAUAGGAGGAAGCCUAAAGGCCUGAGAUCUCCAUUUCCUCCUACUGUGACGUACCGAGUUGGCAGCAUCAUGUCUGGGCUCUGUUUGGCUGCUGGAGGGACCGGUGCGCUUCAUAGAACAGAUGAACAUAGAACACAUGUUGAAAUACUGAAGCAAGAGCUCAAGACAUCAGAGAGAAAGGUACAGCUGGGCCUCAAAUGGAUCUUCUGAACGGAAAAUGUAGUUUCAUGAUGGCUUGGUGACAACAAAAUGAAUGUUUUGUACUAGCCAACACAAAGCGCAAAUGAAAAACUUUAUACUUCUAAGUGAGCAAGGCAGUUUACAAACGUGACUGGGACAAAUGGCCAGCAAGCCGUUGUGAGAAGAUUGUGCAAGGAGACCCACAAUGUCCGGCCCGUGUUACAUGUAUACAGUUAAUGCUACCAAAUGCCAAGGAAGUGCAUGUAAACUUCUGAAUUUGACAGUAAUAAAAAUCAUCCUUUUCAUUAUUCUUUCAUACAUGUUGCUAAUAGAAUAAUUUUAGUAAUUCUAGGCAACCUCAAACUGGCAAUAUUUAGUCAGAUUAAAUGUCUAAAAGUGAGAAAAGGUUUGUCAUUUUACACACUGUAUGUAAAUACAUGGCUUCAAAAGAAAAGGAGAGUGCAAAGGAAAAAGCCACAUUUUGGUAUUUUGAAUGAUUGUUGCGCCCAAGGCCUUUAAGACAGUUGCACACAUAGACAAAGCGCACUUACACCUCCCUCAGAGAUCUCAGCUUUGAUGUUGUAAACUUUGUAAAGUGGACCAGUGUUUCUUUUCCUGUGGAGAAUCAUUCCUGCUGUGAUUUUUUUUCUGACUCUUUUAUAUUUUUAAUACGGACAAUAUGAUGUGUGUUUUAUAUCUGUAAUUUUCUGUUUACUGUCACUUAUCGGCAUUGACCAAACGAAGGCUUUUCACAGCUAAAGUGGAGCAAGAAAACCCGACGUAGUUGAUUAUAUAGUCGAUGAUGUGCGUACAGUGCGAUUGGACACAGGUUAACCACAACCACAGUUUAUGAGAAAAAUGUGCUGUCCAUAGAUUGGCAUGUCCAAAAAAAAAAAAAAAAAAAGACUUCAAAGCCUUUGUGAAUGUUUCUUUUCUCUUUCCAAAGAGUCAAAAAAGCAUCAAAAGCACAGAUACAUAAACAAAUCCAUUUGACAUUACGUGUAUUUAUGCUUUCAGAUUUGGCAUCUUUGAAGUGCUAUCUGCGUGUCCAAUGCAGUUAAGACGGUGCUAAAAACCAGUGUGUUUGUUUUUUUCUUCCCCUCUUUCCUGUGUGUGACAUUGAACAUGCAGCUCAGCACCUGUCCAGUACUUGUUGAUGUAAUAAAAACGUGUAAACCACAUGACAGGGACGGAGCGGCCCGUGUUCAGCAUCUUUCUGCUCCUCGGAGUAGCUUUCUGUGGAAAAAAAACCACGACGUCCUACCCUUUUGUCUUAACGAACAGAAAGUUUGUAUUUUGUAUUUGAGUGCAGAUAUAUAGCCUUAAGACCAAAUUAUUCUAUGAUACUGACCAACCUGUGAAGGUAACCUUAACCAUGUGGAGCUUAAACAAAACUGGGGGCCAAGUCCAGUUUACUGAUAACUGACUGUAUGAUUUUUUUUUUUUGUACAGUGUAAAUAGUGCCUUACUUCCCCUUCCCCCUUUUUUUCUGCUUUUGGACUUUUCUAUUUUGUUUUCUAUUUUUAAUAAACAUAACUUAUAUACAU